ACAACACUCACCUUAUCGCUCUGAUCAUGUGGCCCUUCACCGACAGCGUGCCGGCCCUGCCGCAGGUCGACCCCAACUUCACCGACCACGUCUAUGCGACCAAGCACGGUGUCGAGCUGCUCCUGCGCGUUUGGAAGGCCGACCCGACGAGGCCCGACGGCACCCCGGCCCCCGCGACCGAGCACAAUGCCCAGCCUUGGAUCCUCUGGGCCCACGGCGGCGGCUUCACCGGCGGCACGCACUACGUCCCGCCGGCGUGGGUGCUGCCCGCGUUCCUCCGUAGCGGCGUGCACGUCGUGUCGUACGCAUACCGCCUGGCGCCGCACGCCUCGCUCGCCGACCAGGUGGAGGACGCGCGCGACGCGCUCCACUGGUGCCGGGACCACCUGCCGUGCUUCCUCGGGGACGUGGUCGACGUUGACGCGUACGCUGUCGGCGGCGAGUCGGCCGGCGGCACGCUUGCCCUGCUCAACGGCUUCCUCUCGCCGCGCCCGCGCGCCGUGGUCGACGUGUACGGCAUCUCGGACUUUGCAGACCCGUACUACGAGCCGCGGAUCACGGGGUGCGGGUAUGACCCGGGCGUCAUGUCUGGCAAGUUCAGCGAGCACGAGAUCGAGACGGCCAUCUCGGACCGCGACCUCACCUAUGCGUUGCUUGAUGUCCCCCGUCUUGCGCCGUACGGCGGCAUCGAGCACGAGCACGCCGCUGUCGAGCGGUACAAGAAGCGCGCGCUCGCCCCAGAGUUCGAGUACACGGCCGCGCACCGUCUCCGCGCCGACGUCAAGACGCACAUCCAGGCGACGGGCCGCAUGCUGCGCACGAUCACGCGGUACGAGGCGUACGACGAGCCAAAGGACUGGGAGGUGGCCAACGCCGCCCAGGGCCCGCUCGGCCGCCUCGAGGCCGAUGCCGACAAGGCGGCCUUCCCGCCGACCUUCUUCCUCCACGGGACCGGCGACAAGGUCGUGCCGCUCGUCCAUUCGACCAAGCUUGCUGCGACGCUCACAGGCCUCGGUGUCGAUGUCGGAGAGGCGUAUGAGCCGGAUCAGGACCACGGCUUUGACGAGAAGUACACUGGACCCGAGGUCGAGGGCUGGGACACGUACAUUGCUCCGUUGGUCAAGUUUGUCGUUAGGCAUCUGCGCGGUCGCCAGGAAUGAGGGCUGUUUGAAGUAGGAUGUAGUAGUCGAUAAUGGGCAUGAAUAGUUGCCAUCUG